AAGCUCAGACAGGAAGUUGUAGUUUUGCCUCGCUCGGAUGAAGGUGGCAGCCGCCGGGCUCAGUGGAUCUGCUCUCCCUUAAAGAAACCAAGUCGCACCGCCUCCCGGUUCGUAGCAAAGGGUCGUCCGACUAGCAGUCUCCGGUUGUCCCCCUUGCUAUACCGAACAUCGCCUUAAAGCCUCAGUUUCUCAGUGUCUUUUAUAGCUGGCUUUAGCCUUACAACCAUCAUUUGUUGCAGUUUUAGCAGCCCGUGUCUCCUUCACCCAGAGGUUAUUGAAAUUCCUCAGCUUGUUUUUCCGGAAACAUUCACCCAUUUAGAUUCAGACGGCGUGACUGCAUGCUGGGAGCGAGCCGCCAGACGCCUGAAGAGCAGCAUCAGCAUCAGCAGCGCGGAGAGGAGCGGAGCGGCUGGAGGAGACGCGCGCCUGCAGAAGCUCGUGCUCCGCCGGUGCAUCGAGGUUUUCAACACCUGAGAGAUCCUGACACGAAAACUCAUCAACUGGACUUACACUCGUGGCAUCAGAGAUUUGUAGACACGAAAGCGGUAAAAAUGAGUUGCCGGCGUGUGCAGGUGAGUCACAUGGACACGGGCCGGGUCGACAGCUGGUGUGAAGUGGGCUCUGCAGGCGUCCUUCCCUCGGAUUACAUUUUAAUGGAUUAGAACUAAACAGCAAUCAAUAAAGCGCCAACGCGCCCAUACAUCUGCAUGCCGACGCAGCUGGACAACACAAUUAAAUUAGUGCAUCUGGCACACAGUGUCAAAACCUACAAGCACACACACUGUGGACUGAAGGACAGAUGCUACCCCCCCACCCUUCUUUUCAUCAUCCUCUCAAAGCCAGCUGCAAAGAAGAUUUGGGACUGACGGGUUGUGUCCCUUUUAUUUCCCCGUGAACCCCUUGCUCCUCGCUCCUUCAGCCUCGGUCUUCAAUAGACUUCAUGGAAUGAAUGUAACAAAGGAAAAGAGAUGAAGAGGGCACAUUCAAGUUUGGAUCCUGCUUUGGAUGAAUUCCUCAUCUGCAAGCAACACACUUAAAUGUUUUAGUCUGUCAACAUUUUCUUUCUUUCUUUUAAACGUAAUCGUUCAGAAUUAGAACUUUUUGUUUGAGGAAAGUUGGAGGAAAAACUGACGGAGGUUCUACUUUUUAUAAAACGUCUGAGAGUGACGCAAUGGAGUGGAAAAGGUGAGAAACUUUGUUUUUAGUGGAGGAAGGCUGAAGUUGUGAUGCACCACCCUCCAGGACAGACCUCCUCCCCCCUCCUGCUCCUCCUCCUGGCUUCCCUCCCUCUCUCUGCUGCCCUCCGCUGAUCUGCCAGCCUUCCUCCGCUCCGGCGCUUCAGUGCAGAGAGGAGCAGGCGAGCUCAGUGCUCACACAGAUGGCAGAGGAGACAGAGACCUCCUGCAUUCACUAAAUUCCACCAAAGCGUUUGGUCAGGAGGAGCAGGUACAGAUGGGCGUGAGGACAGCAGAGGAAAACUUCUACGCUGUGGGGAUAAAAGCCUCUGGAAGGAAGGAGAAGACUUCAGAAGCAGUGAAUCUGCAGCUGUGAAAGUCUCUGUCUGGUUCUGCUCGUCUGCAGCUUUGAGGGACAGUUGUCUUGACGGAGGUCUCCUCAGUUACGCCGACAAGGAUCCGGGGUUGUUGCGAGUCAUUCAAAAAAAGAGGAGGUGCUGGUCUUGGGACAGUGGCAGGCCCAGGAGUUGGGGCAUGGCCGUGGGGGGGCCGUAUUCCGACCUCCGCGCUCCAACGGGACAGAGGUUGGAGCUGGGGGUCCUGGAGCGUGGGUCAGCCCAGAGGAGCUCCCAGACUGUCAGAGCUCAGACCCUGGAUGAGCGGGGGUGUGGUCAUGGGGGGAGGUAGCACAGACAAAGGUGGAGCUGCAGAAAAGGGGGGCAAGACCAGAUGCUCCCGCAGACUCUGGGUCCUCUUCGGAAUGCUGGUUCUGGUCUUUCUCACCUCGCUGUUCUUCUCCGUCUCGCUCCGCGGAGGCGUCAGCUUUAACUACCUGGAGCCGCCUGGGUGGGAGGAGUCAAGGCGGGUCAAACUGGUCCCCAAUUAUGUGGGUGCGCACCGACUGUCUUCGUCUGAUGGACCGCUGCAGAGGACAUGUGCAUGUCCUCGAUGUGUGGGAGACCCCGGAGUCUCUGACUGGUUUGACGAGAACUACGACCCGGAUAUCUCUCCCGUUUGGACCAGGGACAACAUCGAGCUGCCCUCAGAUGUCUACUACUGGUGGGUGAUGUUGCAGCCCCAGUUUAAACCCCACAGCAUCCAGCAGGUGCUGCUGAGGCUGUUCCAGGUGAUUCCAGGAAGGUCACCGUACGGCUCAUGGGAUCAGGGACGCUGCCUCCGCUGCGCUGUGGUGGGGAACUCCGGAAACCUCCGCGGGUCGGGAUACGGAAAAAUCAUUGAUGAACACAAUUUCAUCAUGAGGAUAAAUCUGGCCCCCACGGUGGGCUAUGAAGAAGACGUGGGCAGCCGCACCACCCACCAAUUCAUGUACCCGGAGAGCGCCAAAAACCUGGCGCCAAACGUCAGCUUUGUCCUGGUUCCCUUCAAAACCCUGGAUCUGGUUUGGAUCACCAGCGCUCUCUCCACCGGACAGAUUCGAUUCACCUACGCUCCAGUGAAGCAGUUCCUGCGUGUGGACAAAGACAAGGUUCAGAUCUUCAACCCAGCGUUCUUCAUGUACAUCCAUGACCACUGGACCAAACAUCACGGGCGCUACCCGUCCACCGGCAUGCUGGUGCUGUUCUUCGCUCUGCACGUGUGCGAUGAGGUUAACGUGUUUGGCUUCGGAGCGGACAGCCGGGGAAACUGGCACCACUACUGGGAGCAGAACCGCUACUCCGGGGAGUUCAGGAAGACCGGCGUUCACGACGCCGACUACGAAGCGCAGAUCAUUCAGCGUCUGGCCAAAGCCGGGAAAAUUACAGUGUUUCCCGGGAAAUGACGGGUCAGCCUGCAGAUCCGUGUUAGAAAGCUGCAGACCGCUUAGAUGUUCUUGGUUUCAUUUAACAGCAGGGUUUGGGGUUUCCCGCUGGGGUUGACUUUGGUGUGACUCAUUAUUGAGUGAACCUCCAUUCCCUUUCCCUUUGAGGAAGAAGGCUCAGAAUUUAUCCCAAACUAACAGCUCCGGGGAAGAUUCAGCCACUUCCUCCUCUGGGAAGAGCCCGAACAGCAGGUACUGCAAAAUAAAAACUGGAAAAACUUUGCAGCCCCUAUUUUAGUGACGCAAAUCCUGCUUGAAUUCAAGUGAACUGUGCAUCACCAGGUGUCGUUUUGACCUGCUAUACUGUGGAUGUUUGCAGAGAUGUGAAUCUGUAGCAGUGAGAGUCUGGGUUAUGUCAGCAGUUCUUUACAUGUGUCUUUAGAUCCUGAGAAAUGCAGUCAGGAUUUCUGCCUUUGUCAGACUCAGUCAGAAAAAGCUGCAGCAUAAGCCACAGCUUCCGCCGCCAUGGCAACCGCUCGCAUCCAGACACUGGGAGAUGCUGUGGGCGACUUUGUGAGGCCGGAGACCCAUCUCCUGGGGUUUCCUGCUGGGAUGCCGGCGUCUGGACCCCUAUGUGGUCGCUCUGGGUCCAAUUUGGGAGUUGACAGUGGAGACAUUGUUUAUUCAUGGGAUUGUAAACUGGAUCAUCUUUCUGCAGUUCACCCACUCCUAUGUUAAAGGGCCGCACGGCGAGGAGACAGAAACUCCCCUCUGGAACUUAUUAUGACUCGUCAGCUGCUCGCUUCAAUUAAGCACUCUCCCAGCUCCUCAUUAGCCAAUUUAAACUCCAGCCCAGUUUGGAGGAGGCGGAGCCACACACGCCUUAGACACCACUUCUGUCAGCGCGACCUGCUUUUCGUCUUCACUCAGACAGCACUCACAGGUUCUGUCCUCGUGUUUAUCACCCAGUUAAUGCACACGUACACCCACACUCUCCCCACAUCCCCACACAGAAAAAAAAACAUUUUCUUCAGGCUGUAGAUCGAAACAUGAUCAUACAGAAACAGCUAGUGGCUGAAGAGAAAAACAAAAACUCAGGGUUCCUGGAAAUGAAUAAACCAGAUCAAAGCCCCUUCUCCUUGACCUGAUCCAUGUCCAGAUCCGUGUCCAGAUCCGGUCAUGGAUGAGGAGAAACCCCUGAAACCUGAAGAAUCAGAAGCAUUUUUAACUUGAUGCACAGCAUCAGCACUUAAGGAGAACUGCUGGAAAUGUGAGGCAGAACUAUUCGAUUUGUUUUCAUAAUGUUUUUUUAUUAUGGUGAAUUUACAGGUUUUGCUGGAGUUUCUCUGAAACUUCAGUGCUUCAAAACACCUGUGUUUGCUCAGACAAAGAUCAGUUAAAAAAAUCAACAGCUUGUAAAGACAUUUAACCCAUAUCUUUUUGUUUGGAGUACGUUCUCGACUGAUCAAACUUCUCUUUUUGACGUCAAGACCCAUAAAUAGACAAAUAGAAACAAAGUGCAUCUCCUUAACUCUUGUCAGCAGUAGAGGUCUGUUUCCUCUCAUUUUGGUGCCUGUAUUUUAUACACAUCACUGGAAUUUGUUCAGCAGAUCCAAUUUGUUUAUGUUUAUCCCUCAUCUGUGCUAAAAUUACGUCUUCUUGUAAAACAUUUUAACUUAAUCAGUACUUAAUGAGAAUUUCCUGCUGCUCUGAUAUUUUGAAUUUUUGUUGUGUUCUUCUAUUGCUUGUUCAGUCAUAAAUGGAUGCAGACGCUCCUCUGUUAUUGUUUAAGAAACUGAGUUUGUGCUGCUAAAGAGGCAGAAGAGUCAUUUAUUUUUGAGGCGGACAAAAGCGUUCUUUAAAGAGUUUGCAUCAUCUCUGGUAAAUCUGAGCUGCAAUGGUUUAUAUCCCAAAGUCAAUCAAAAGUUGACCUCCAGGCUGGUUUUUGUCACAUUCUGUGUCACUGUGAGGAGGAAAACACCAAAAGCUUUACCUGAACAUGAUCUAUGAGCGAGGUGAUGGACUUUCCUCUGUUCUCUAGAGCAGGGGUGUCAGAAUUGAGUCCUCGAGGGCCGAUCUCCAACAUGUUUACAACAAACCUGCCCUUGAAGGUUCUUAUUGGCUAAAUACACCUGAUCCAGGUAAUCAGCAGCAGCAUUUCUGGAAGAUAGGCAGGAGGCCGGCCCUCGAGGCCUGGAGUUUGACAGACCUGCUCUACAGGAUGGAGAACAUGAACCUCAGACAGACAACAUCCAGGUUUUAUGUCCCUGAGAGGAUUAAAGCUGUCAGGAGCUUUUCACCCACAUCCUGACAGCAGAAUCCUUCCAGUCCAAGAACACCCUCACUCUCUGCCGAACCUCCAGCCUGAAAUACAGUUUUAGGAUCCUCUUCAUUGGCUUGAUUUUGUGUUCGAAAAAAUCAUUAAAAAGCAAGCAAAGAUGUUGCUUCUCAAUGUGUUUGAAGGUUGAACUCAUGCAGCUCUAGAAACGUAUCGAUCACUCUGACGUACCUGCAGCCCCUCAGGUUCUUCAGCCUGUGUGUGUUCUCAUCAUGGGCGUCUGCUCAUCCGCCUGUUUUCCAGUUUUUUCUACAAAACUGAGAAAAACAUGUUCUAUUCUUGCAUUCCAGCUUCCUAUUCAAACUAAUCUUCUUUUCAGUUGCUUUUGUCUAAAUGUAAUGAGCUGCUAAGACGGGUCUGCCUCCACUCAUGACUAGAAAUGGGAUCUUUGUCUCAUCCAUAAAAGAAUGAGGAGGAUUGGUUUGUUCCACUGGAAACAGACCAGAGAGAAAAAAGGAAUCGACUGCAGAAGGAGGCGUUUUUUUCUGUCUGGAAACAAUGCAGAUUUAAAAAGAGGAAAUUUGUGAGGAAAAAACUAACCUGAUCAGUUUUAUGUUCAAACUCACAUCCACUGACUGGCGAGCAGAAGUUUGGAACUCCUCCUCCUCACCGAGAGAACAGAAACAGGUGACCUUCAUUCCAGACAGCAAAAAAAGUUUUCAGUUUCUUAUUACCCUCUAGAAUGGAAAAAAGCUGCAAAUGUUUGAAGGACAAACAGCAGAUGAGGGUUUGCACCUCCACCUGUGUGGUCUACUGCCCCCUGCAGGAACUAAUCAGGCUCACAUCUCCAGUCAGCACAGUUCAGUCUGCAUGUUGCGUUUGUGUCUUUCACAGACACACAUGCGUUUGUGCCUUGAUCUGCUGCUGCGUUUCGUAUUCUGGCUGAGCGCCGUGCCUUUCCACCUGUUUUUGACUUCAUGAAACACACUGUCAGCCUUCUGCUUGGGGCGCGGCUGCCUCCCGCUCCUCACUCCUUUCUGCUCGGUUUCCUGAAUCUGACAGUGAACCUGUGAAAUUCAUUUUGUGAGCGUGUUUCUUUGAUGUUGUGGACUGAUAAAAAAAAGGUGUAUGUGUGAGUGGGGGGGUCACCUGCUGGAUUUAAACCCACCUCUCUUUCUCCUGGUGACGAGUCAGCUUCUUUCCUCCACCUUCAUCAUGAAGGCAUGUGUUAUUCAAAGCGUGACGCUUUUCCCCCUUCCCAAAAAAAAAAAAAACACGAAAAGUUAUCAGUGUGCACAGCUGGAGAGCAGAAUGAUCCUUUCCUGCUGUUCCAGCUUAAAUCCAAGCACCCCCUACUGUGCCUGAAACAGAGCUGAGUGGCAGAAAUGUUCAAAAUUCUCCACAUUUAUGAGCCUGAGAGCAGAAACGGGUCAAACGUGGAGCCUGUGGAGCAUCCAGUCAUGUUCAGGCCUGAAGGAGUUCAGCACAAGUGGAUCAGUUAAACACAAAAAAAAACGUUUUGGGUUAGAUUUAAUUUGUGACUUGAUUUGCUAUCUUCCAAAUAAACCUGCGGACAUAUGUGCAAGUUAAAGAUAGGGAUUUGUUUUUGUUUUUUUAAUUAGAAAAAGACCAUUUUUGUGAGGGCAUCACAGGACAUCCUUGAUCCAAAACCUGUGGUCGCCAUGACAACUCUAGUUAGGUAUUGUGUCACUAAACGUGUGUUUAGUGUUAAUCUUUUAGAAAUAAAUUAAGAAUUUAUUAGUAAAGCAGUCAAAAAGAAAUUCUCAGGUGAAAAUUUAGAGAAGAUCUCAAAUUAUUUUUAGUUAAUCUGAUCUAGAUGGUUCUUUUGAUAGAAAUGAUGGAGAGCUGAAUAGAUUAUGGGUAAUUUGCGGAAAAAUAAACAAGUCUCUUCUUAAUCUGUAUCCUUCCAGCUGCUGUAGGUAAAAUCGAAGCAGUUUCUGCAGAUGUUGAACAGCAGGUCAAAUGUUCAAAAGCCUUUGAGCAGCAGUGAGCUGCAGAAACCCAUAUCACACUGCCCAUCAUCAUCAUCAUCAUCAUCAGCUCCAGAACUACAGAAAGGAAACCCUAAAUGAUGGGAUGAAGCAGGUUUCAGUGUGAACACAACCGGAGUGACGUAGUUUUAACAGGUGGAUUUGCACCCUCAUCAUCUCCUUUAGCCCAUCUGUAUUUACCACUUUAUCUUCUCUUUGUAACCUCCACUGUUGUACAAAUAAAAGCAAAUUAAAAUCCA